AUGGCCCCAAGUCCCAGCCGCUCCGCCUCCUCCGAGUAUGACACCACUUCCGGCAGCUCCGACCACAGCGAGGUUGAGCAGCAGCCUCAGCACCUCCCGGAGCAACAGAACUCUGGCUCCGACCACGACGGCCGCGACAGCUACGAAGAAGAAUCUGACGAGGAGAUGGGGUCCGAGGACGACGAGGUGCUUUCCAAGGAGGCUCCCAGCCCUUCCGCCCUUCAGUCUUCAUCUGAGGAAGACACAUCUUCCGGCAGCUCCAACCAUGAUGAGGUGAAGCAGCAGCCUUCACCGCUUGCUGAGAAACAGAACGUCGGCUCCUAUGAUGAUGGCGGCGACAGCGACGAGGAAGAAUCCGAUGAGGAUAAUGUGGUGGCGCAAAAGCCAUCACUGUCAGACUCCAACGAUAUGGUCCCAGAUACACAGUGCGACGAUGGCGUGGUGCCUCCCAAGACCUACAGGAAGGCCACCAGCCCCUCCGCCCCUCAGUCCUCAUCUGAGGAAGGCCAUGAUUCCACCGGCUCCGGAGACGAGGAAGAAGAAUCAGACGAGAAGGAUCAAGUCCCAGAUACUGAAUCCAACCCCAACGAGGCGCUGCCGCCCAAGCCAACGCCCCUUUCAGAGGAGAGUCUGCCCAUAGCCAUUGAUCCCACCGAGAAGCCCGAGCCCAAGAGGAAGCUCUCGCCGACGGCCCCAUUGCCUCAGCUGAAGAGGAUCCAGCCGGCUGAGGUUACCCAAGAUGAUAUGGCUAGGAGGGAUUUGGAAAAGCUUUUUAAGGAAAAGUGUAGUUCUUACAAGCACCUCGGCCCCAGGAUGCUGGCGCUGGAGAAGGAGUAUACGGGCAUCGAGGUUCCAUUCUUGAUGAUGGAUGACAACAAGGCUCGAGAACUCGAAGGUAAUCUACACAAGCUGGAGAACUUUGUGACCAAUGCAUUAAUCAAGUCGCUUAAGAGCCCUGGAGUGUGAAGCAACUGUGGACUCUAUGGACCAACAUGACGAAUAAACUCGAAGUGGGUCAACAUUAGACUAUGUCGGAAUUUUGUUAUUCAGUUUUUAUGCUGCUCAGUAUCUAUAAAUACUCUAUGGAGGUAUUAGCGUUACCAAGGUUUUGUCUAGGGCGGACAUGUCUGAACUACAGAUUUAAAGCUCUAAGGAUUUGGAUCUCAGAACUGGGUCAUAUUUUGCCGAAAUUAUAUAUGCA